CCGGACGCAGGUGCCGGGCAGAGCGGAGCAAGCGGCGUUGACGGGACGGGCCGGGCCGGGACCGGGGCCGGGGCGAGCGGAGGGGCCUGCGCGGCCGCCCGGCCCGGCCGCGGAGCAGGCUCCUGGGAACAUGGGCCUUGGGCCCUGAGGACGUGGGCCUUUCUGUGGCAAUGACGACGGGGGACUGCUGCCACCUCCCCGGCUCCCUGUGCGACUGCUCUGGCAACUCCUCCUUCUCCAAGGUUGUGGAGUCUUCAGGCCUCGGGCCCCCCCAAUACGUGGCACAAGUGACUUCAAGGGACGGCCGACUCCUCUCGACCGUCAUCCGGGCCUUGGACACACCAAGCGAUGGUCCCUUCUGCCGGAUCUGCCAUGAGGGAGCCAACGGGGAGAGCUUGCUGUCUCCUUGCGGCUGCACAGGGACACUGGGCGCCGUGCACAAGAGUUGCCUGGAGAGGUGGCUGUCCUCGUCCAACACCAGCUACUGUGAGCUGUGCCACACGGAGUUUGUGGUGGAGAAGCGUCCCCGACCCCUCACAGAGUGGCUGAAGGACCCAGGGCCCCGGACGGAGAAGCGGACGCUGUGCUGUGACAUGGUGUGCUUCCUGUUCAUCACACCGCUGGCCGCCGUCUCGGGCUGGCUGUGCCUGCGUGGGGCCCAGGACCACCUCCGGCUCCACAGCAGGCUGGAGGCCGUGGGGCUCAUCGCCCUCACCAUCGCCCUCUUCACCAUCUACGUGCUCUGGACUCUGGUCUCCUUCCGCUACCAUUGUCAGCUGUACUCUGAGUGGAGAAGGACCAACCAGAAGGUCUGUCUGAAGCUCCGGGAUGCAGAGGGGUUUGGGGGCACCCGGCACUCCCCGCUCGCAGCUGGACUGCUAAAGAAGGUGGCCGAAGAGACGCCUGUGUGA